AUUCCUAGCUCUGCCUCGGGCCACCCCGGAGCCUCGCGGCAGCUCGUUGUCCCACUUGGCCACUGGCUCCGUGAUCCCUCCUUGCGCCUGCCUCGUCUUGUCACCUCCCGUCUCACCCUCCUCGCUCCAUCCUCCACCACCUCAUCCACAGCCAUCUGAGCGAGCGCGCCUCUGAGAGCAGGAGGUACUGCUCCGGGCUUCAGGGCGCGCCCUCCAAAGGUGCCCAGCUCGACAUUCGGGACCCCGCGGGCGACAGCAUGGACACCAAGCGCUGCUUCGCCAACCGCUUCGAUGACUACCAGGGCAGCCUGCUGGCGGGCCAGUGCGAGGAGGCAGUGGCGCCCUUGGUCACCUCCACCAUCGAACGCAUUCUUCAGGAGCUGCCCCCGCUGGGGGGCGGCGCUGAGGCUCGGGGGGCGACAGGCGCGGGCAGCAGCUGCCAGGGGGGUCUGUACAGCGGCGUGGCCGGGGUGGCCUACAUGCUCUACCACGUCUCCCAGAGCCCGCUCUUCGCCGCCGCCCGGGAGCGCUACCUGCGCUUCGCCAAGCGCCUCAUCGACGCGUGCCUCCGCGCCGAGGAGUGGGGCGAGACGGACGCGGACACCCGUGCUGCCUUUCUGCUCGGGGGCGCGGGCGUGUAUGCGGUGGCCACGCUGGUCUACCACGCCCUGGGCCGCCCCGACUACGUGCAGCCCCUCGGCAAGUUCCGGGCUCUGUGCGCCGUCUGCGCGCCGGUCUCCUUCCUGGACUGUGGCUCCGACGAGCUGUUCGUGGGUCGCGCCGGCUACCUGUGCGCCGCGCUCGUGCUCAAGCAGAAGCUCGCCCAGGAGGUAUUGACCCCAACACAAAUUAAAGCAAUAUGCCAGGCGAUUCUGGACUCUGGGAAGCAGUAUGCUCUGAAGAAGAGAAAACCAUUCCCCCUGAUGUAUUCUUACUACGGAACAGAAUACCUGGGGGCAGCUCACGGCCUGUCGUCCAUUCUCCAGAUGCUCCUUUCCUACCAGGAGCAUCUCAAACCUUCAGAUCGGGAGCUGGUGUGGCAGAGCGUGGAUUUCCUCAUGGAACAGGAGCAGAAUUGCAACUGGCCACCAGAGCUUGGCGAGACCAUCGAGAGAGAGAAUGAACUUGUCCACUGGUGCCACGGCGCUCCAGGAAUUGCUUAUCUGUUUGCCAAAGCUUAUCUCAUUUCCAAGAAACCGCAGUACCUGGACACAUGUAUCCGGUGUGGGGAGCUGACAUGGCAGAAAGGCCUGUUGAAGAAGGGGCCAGGGAUUUGCCAUGGUGUAGCUGGCAGUGCCUAUGUCUUCCUUCUUCUGUACCGUCUUACAGGAAACUCGAAAUAUAUCUACCGUGCCCAAAGGUUUGCUCAGUUCUUAUUCACUGAAGAAUUCAAAUCCGGUUCCCGGGUCCUUGAAAGCAUCUACAGCUUGUACGAAGGCUUCUCUGGAACUGUUUGCUUUCUCAUUGAUCUACUGCAGCCCAAUCAGGCAGAAUUUCCUCUCUUCAGCGUCUUUGUUUAAAAGGUUCCAUCUCCCCUUGCAGUCAGUGGAAGUCCCCUGAGAUUUCCUGAACCUCCUCUAGGCAGUUUUCCUUGUAAUCCACAUCCAAUGGUCUCACGACCAUGAGCCUUCCCAUUGCUGCCAGAUGGAUGAGAUGAGUCUGAUGAAGACAGCGUGAUGCCAGACUGCAGAGAGAGCCUGUCAAACCAAGAUGCCACAACUCAUCUAAAAAGCACCGAUUUAAUGUUUCAGGGGAGAGAUGGCCAACUCAAGAUCAGAGAGAAAAGGGGGAAAACAUUUAAUGUUUUUCAGUUUGUGACACAAAAGGCAAAAGUGAACUAGAAAUGACAGGGAUAAAAUGCCAACACUUCCAAAACUGAGCAACAAAUGUGACCAUCUAUGUAUGCCCAAUACCCCUAAAUUCAGAAGUAAAGACAGCCAGAAUCGAAACGAAUUUUGCCCUGUUAAAAACUGUUAGCAGGGAUCAAGUGUCAAGACGAAGGACAUGAAAAGAAACCAUUGGCUGUCCUAGGACUUUACUUACUGAAAUUCAUAAUUCUUUUCUGAGUGGAGAUAUGUGAAUAUGUAGGCAGGAUUUUUAUUUUAUCUUAUUUUUUGACCACUAUUCUGGGCACUUUAAAAAACAUCAUAUUAUAACUUAUUUUGAACACUGAAAUUUGAAGCUGCCUUAGGCCUUAGGAUGUCUCUUUUCCAGUUGCUUUUUUCUUUGCUAGAGCUCAGAAUAGUAAGCUUCAGGGCAGGAAGGAGUGUAGCUUAGAGACAGGGUUGGAGCUUACUAUCUCAGGGCGUAGCUUGUUUAGCAUGCAUAAGGCCCCUGGUCCAUGCCUAGUACCACAAGCAGGCAAAAGACAAAACAACAACAAAAGAAGACAGAAAAAUUUGUAUCUAGCAAACAAAUGUCACUAUCGUGUUUUUCUCAAUUGAACGUGUGACCUGGAUGUUGUGAAUGUUAGUAAUUUUUCAAAUGUCUUUAUCUUUGUAAUGUCUAUGAAGCUAUUAGAUUGUAAACUAUGCUCUCGGUGAAAAUCGAUCAUCUCAAACAUCAGGGUAACUUACCACAAAGGUAAGUCAUUUCUGGAUUUCAUAGAAGUCUGGGAAAGACAUGGGGUGAGAAAACUUGAAAUGGUUCUCGAAAGAAUGUUGCUCCAUUUCAUCCUAUUAUAGUAAGAGUGGAAUGAACUCCCUGGCUCUUCACCUCACCUUGCAAAAAACACAGGACACACUAGAGAUUGUCUAUUAUGCCAGUUGAUUCUAGUCACCAUAUCUAGUUUACUUCUGCUACAAACACAAGUUAUAAAAAUGUUUCAAGUCCAUAGUGGAUUGCUGAACACCAAUAGGAGCAACUGUCAAUAUGCAGACCAUGAGAUUGCCACAGUCCUAAUAUUUAACCACUGAAGUUCAGACAUCACAUUUAGAAGACAGUUGUGCCGUAUACAGUGUCAUUAUUUGUAGUCAUUAGAUAUUUGGAUAUGUUUCUAUACAUAAGUACAUGUGUGUAUAUGCUACAUCUAUUCCCAUAUAAACUGAAGCACUAUUUGAACUGUAGAUAGACUUUUUGAGGAAUUAGGUAAUAGUCUGCUGCCUGGAAACAUUUGUGUGUGUGCUGGCUUGUGGAACUAUAUGAACCAAUGGAUUUGUGUGGGUUUCCAUGCAUGUUGUAUGUGUGAUCCUAUUUUGGAAAAGAGGACCUCUUGUAUUUAUAAGAUUCUCAAUGAAUCUUAACCAAAGAAAAGAACUGUUUUUUUUUUUAAUAUUUUGUGGCUCUUUGUAUGUUUACAAUCGUCAACACGAGCUGGGACAAACUAAUUUUUGUAAAAUAUGUACCUUGUUGGCUUAUUGUCCCAUUUUCAUACCCUCGGAUUUCAACAUAUAAAAUUGUCUUUAAUUGCUUAUCUGUGAGAAGAGUGUUUGGGGUAAAGCUUAAUUAGACUUCAGAAGUUCUUUCUUGAGGAGAAAAAGCACCUUUUGGAAAGCCUUAAGGAAGAUGCUAUCCACAGAAUGGUCUUCUUUUUGGACGGACAAUGGCAUGCCCCUCACCAUCUCAUUUUCAAUACAUUUUGCAUAGGCCCUACAGGCUACAGAUAAUAACUAUCCAAAAUUAGGAUGCAUAGAUGUGUUGUAUCUGUUAUAUUGCUAGGAGCUUUACAAACAACUGGAACUACCUUUUGAAGUUGUGGUAGAGUGAUUAUAGCUUUGUGCUGAUCACUGUGAAAAGGUCACUCUUUGUAUAUCAUAUCUAAAAAAUGGUCAUGUUUGGGUGUGGUCUUUCUGUAAGUACCACCUGGAGAUUUAUAACUAGUCAAAGAAAGUAUACACAGGCAAAAGGUGUAACUCAGCAGUAGGAGACUUACCUAGCAUGCGUGCUGCCCUAGGCCCUAGGCCCACCAUCAGAAACAAAAG